GGCCUUGUCUGAAUUCAUUGGGGUGACCUUACCAUAUGACGACUUGAUCUCGCUAAGGGAUCGAAUGUGGGAAAUCUCCCCCACCUUGGUAAGGUACGACGUAGCAGAAAAGACCUCUGCGGAGGUUGCACUUGCCGGUCUCGCUCCAUUAGGAACAAGAACCAAAGAUGUGGGUGUUUCGGGAGCAUUGUUCAAGAAGCCAAUCUCGAAUUUCUAUCAAACUGACCCCAUCUCUCGAGCGUGA